CAAACCUUGGACAAAGGUGGUUGAGCGAAAUGUUAAAUUUUUGAAUUUAAAAAAAUGAUAGAAUGGAAUAUUUUGAAUACGUUCAAUUGUUUUGCGCUUGGCUGUCUAGUUGGUCGUGAAUGUGAAGCUCAUCAUUGGAUUAAGGACGGAAAUAUUAUAAUUCAUAAUAGUGAUAUUGUAAUUUAGUAAAGCUUAAUUAUGAGGGAAAUAGUGCACAUACAAGCGGGGCAAUGCGGAAACCAAAUUGGUGCUAAGUUCUGGGAAGUUAUAUCGGAUGAGCAUGGUAUAGAUCCCACCGGCACGUACCAUGGCGACUCUGACCUACAGCUGGAGAGGAUCAACGUGUACUACAACGAAGCCACCGGGGGCAAGUACGUGCCUAGAGCUAUACUCGUCGACCUCGAGCCGGGCACCAUGGACUCCGUGCGCUCGGGUCCGUUCGGACAAAUCUUCCGUCCAGACAACUUCGUCUUUGGCCAAUCCGGCGCAGGCAACAACUGGGCUAAAGGACACUAUACCGAAGGCGCAGAACUAGUCGACUCAGUCCUCGACGUCGUCAGGAAAGAGGCCGAGGGGUGCGACUGCUUGCAAGGAUUCCAACUCACACAUUCACUCGGCGGAGGCACCGGUGCUGGUUUGGGAACGCUCCUGAUUUCGAAGAUUCGAGAAGAAUACCCCGAUCGAAUCAUGAACACAUUCAGCGUUGUGCCGUCCCCCAAAGUGUCUGACACAGUCGUGGAGCCAUACAACGCUACGCUGUCAGUGCAUCAAUUGGUUGAAAACACUGAUGAGUCCUAUUGCAUCGACAACGAGGCGCUAUACGAUAUUUGCUUCCGUACGUUGAAGUUGACUACGCCAACCUAUGGCGAUCUGAACCAUUUAGUCUCCGCAACAAUGUCUGGUGUCACCACUUGUCUCCGAUUCCCUGGCCAAUUAAACGCUGAUUUGAGAAAACUAGCUGUGAACAUGGUUCCGUUCCCACGCUUGCAUUUCUUCAUUCCCGGGUUCGCCCCUUUGACAUCCCGAGGGAGCCAGCAAUAUCGCGCCCUUACUGUUCCAGAACUAACUCAGCAAAUGUUUGACGCGAAGAACAUGAUGGCCGCGUGUGACCCUCGCCAUGGAAGAUACUUGACAGUGGCAGCAGUGUUCAGAGGCCGAAUGUCUAUGAAAGAGGUUGAUGAACAAAUGAUGAACAUUCAGAAUAAGAACUCGUCGUACUUCGUGGAAUGGAUUCCCAACAAUGUAAAGACUGCAGUCUGUGAUAUCCCGCCUCGAGGCUUGAAGAUGUCGGCCACAUUUAUUGGAAACUCUACUGCUAUCCAGGAACUGUUCAAACGCAUUUCUGAACAAUUCACUGCCAUGUUCAGACGUAAAGCUUUUCUGCACUGGUACACUGGCGAGGGAAUGGAUGAGAUGGAGUUUACUGAAGCCGAAAGUAACAUGAAUGAUCUGGUCUCUGAAUAUCAGCAGUACCAGGACGCCACCGCUGAGGAAGAGGGUGAAUUCGACGAGGAAGAAGAGGGAGGUGACGAAGGAGACUAGACUAUUAUAUUUUUAUUAAGAUUUUCAUUACUAUAUUGUUUAUUUUUAUACUUUAUCGUUUUAUUAUAUUUUGUGGAUAGUCGA